AGUCGGGCGAAAGGGAAAAUAGUCGGGCGAACACUUUUUUUCUCCCCCAUUUAGAGGCAGGUUUUUUGACACGGCGGUCGUUCGAUCGACUUCCAUUUGUCUCCGAGCAUUCCGACGACUAACGUCCCAAACAUACUAUCACGCGUUGCCACCGGUGCAAAGCCGAAUAUCUCGCGAAGAUGCGCGUCGAUCGCUUCCAUUUGACCUGAUCGAGUUACGUGUACGGUCAAUACACUCGUUACAAACUUACUUCGAUUUCUUCUCAGUGAUUUUCGAGGAACCUUUUUCGUUUUGAACUUGCGGACGUGCAAAACGUAAUCAACAAAUGGAUUGAUUCGAUAGUUCGAUAGUUGAAUGUUCUCUUGCUAUACGUUUGAUACAGAGUAAAACGUGAUCCUUGUGAUUGAUUCUGAUAAUUUGUGUGCGCUGAAAGCGAGGGCACCUUUGAGCGUGUAGGAGGAACCACGACAAGACAGGUGGACUGAAAUGAUACAUUGGAUCGGGUUUGUCUAAGAAGUUGCAAGAAUGGUACGAAGAUUUUCGUGGUGCACGGUGGUGGCAUUGGUGGUGCUGCUUUUCGUCACAACCGAUGGUCUUCGUGAGCAUAGUACUCAGAUCGAUGAUCAUAAGGCUACGAAUCGUGGCACUUUGAGAUUCAAUUCCAAAUCACUGGAGGAAGCAACCACAGUAUCAUCUUCGCCGCUAUCGAGAUCCAAAACGAAGUGGGACAGAUCAGCGCAAUCGGAAACGCUCUCGAAUUUCGAAAAAACGAUCCAAGCUUCCGUGAUCAAUUCAGAACCAAAGUUCGACACGAGCGAACAUUCGACCGUUAGAACGAUCAGAACGACCGAAAGGGGAAGUGUUUUAACAGCAACAGAUGUCACAAGCGAGUCGAGAAGAACUUCAGGCAAAAGGUUCGAGGAAACUAAAAGGGUAGAGCCAACGAUUAACAGACGAGACGGCAAAAGAUAUUUUUCUGAAAGCAACAAAGGAACAAAGUUAAAAAAUGAUGAACAAAAAUCCGAAACACCCAAAGGGAUUUCUCGAAGAACGUCUAAUGGAAGAGCGAAUAAUUCAACUGUCACUGAGAGAUUGGACAACAAAGGACCAUCCGUGUUCCUGGCAACCACGGAGUCUUCGAGGUCUAGAACCGGAAGAAAGAUUCAAACGACUUAUUCGAUGAAAGAUCUAAAGACACAAAUCCCUACGUCUAGAAGGUACAACAGUAAGAAAUUUAGAGACGUUGAAACCACUACAGCUUCGUUUAGAAGAGAAAGUAGAGGUAGAUCGACUACAGAGAAGAUUGAAAGGAGUACCAGAUCUGGUAGAUCGAAGGUGAACAAUGCGGAGAAUAAUUCUAUUGCUCGAAGAGGUCCAGAUCCUCUUUUAUCGGAAUCCGAAAGUGUAAGAGUCGACAUUCCCCUCACUGUAGAUGAAACAGGAGAUCCAGCUUCGGAUGUAACCACUGGAUUUGAUGUAGCUUCUCAGAGAAGAUCGGACGCUAAGGAGUCAUCCAGAUCCAGUCGGACAGGAUUCGAAAGAUCGAAAAGUCGUGGACGGUCGAACGACUCCGAGGCUUCUGGAUCAUCCAGAUCUGCUUCUCCAAGAGGAUCUUCAAAGUUCAGCGAUUCUACGACGACAGAAGCUAACGAACAGAUUGUUAGUUCGAGAAGGAAUACGGUUUCCAGAGAUCGUUCCAGAGGUUCCGAGAUCAAGAAGAAUUCUGUGAACGAGUCUAGAUCAAGGUCUAGAGGUAGAAAUGUGGAAAAUAAUACGAAACCUAUUUCGGGAGGUGCUUCAGAAAGGAAUGUGAAGCGGAAGGUGGCUGGAGAAAGAAACUCUUCGGAUAGGAGACCGAGAAUUCCCGAUGUUACUCCAAGAGUUAUCGACAGUCGUAGACAGGAUACUCAGGAUGUGCGUGGAAGAUCGAGAAGCAAGUCGAGAUCGGAUGUUACCACACCUAUUACUAUGGAUGUUACCACAACUGUUGCGCCAGAUACAACAGUUUUUACCGACGUAACAGCCACCGAUUCUGAGAUAACAAGUACGACCAUAAGAUCAGCGACUACUCCAAGUCCAAGAGCAACAUCAAGACCAUUAUCGACUUCUGCUUCAACCCUCGAAGCAUCAGGACGAGGUAGAGGAAGAGGCAGAAGCGGAAGUCACGGUAGAAAACAGAAAGAGGAUUUCUUCAAUCACGGACUAGGGUUCAGAGGUCGAAAACCCUCGCCUGAAGGAUCUGCAAACGUGACAGAGUCUAGAAAAACCGUUUCGUGGAAAAACGAUUCCCAGUCGCAUGGAAAUCCAGGCUGGACGCUCAGGAGGCGACCAGCUCAUUUUAAUUCUGAAAAUAUUUCGAAGACGAUCGUGUCUUCGCCAAGGGAUCAGACGAACGAAGUGGUACCAUCCAACGAACAAUCGACCAGCACCGAAGCUAUAACGACUAUCGAAAGUUCCACGUUUGGCACGAAAAGAGGCCCCAAGAAGCUGCAAACGACGGACGAGAGUUCCACUGUGGUUGAAACCACGACAAAGAGCUACAGAAGAGGCAACAAAACCUUUGGAAAUGGCAAGGUGAUUGCGGCGCUUGAAGAAAGUGAUAAUUACCCGCCUGAGUUUAAGGCGAGGUUAACUCAGUUGAAGAGUACCAACACGAAAAUACCAGCCUCAAAAACCACCUCUAGAACGCCAUUGGAGGAACAAGAGAGGAAUAUCUAUGGUCGACGCUCGAGGAACAACUCGAUGGCGUUCGAGCCUGACGACCUCGAAACCGCAGCUUCAACAAAUGUUUUGACGGAUGAAACUUUAGUCGUGAAUCCCUUAACGUUGAUAAAUGGCACAGGAUUGCGACGCGUGAAAAAAUCGUCAGCCGCUCUGUUCGCUGAAAGAUCGAGGAUGAAACUGGAGCUGGCUAGGAGGUUAGUGAAGCCAGAGUUGAACAUCGAGGAGAAUGAUCUCGACGCAACCACGGCCUCCUCUUUCAGCAAACGGAAACCAACCGGCGUGCCGGUGGUCGAUGAGACGAGCAAGGUCGCCAAAUACUCUAAGCCCGCUGCCGCAGCACCGGGACGCAACAGGCCUUCCACUUCCGUAGAAAGCACUCAGGAAGAGGUCAGCGUGAAAACCUUGAAACUUCCUAGUUCGAGGAAAGCUCACGAUGAUUCUUCAAAGGUCACCGGCAGACCGUACAGUUUAAAGAAGGGGCGGGUCAUUGCGGAGCGAAUGGUCACUUCGAUCUCGAUCGAAGAGAGAGCCAUUGCUGAGGAAACGACCAGACCGUACGCGCUAACCACGAACCCGUCCAUGAUCACAUCCGCUGAACAGGGAUCGGCGACAACCAUCGAUUCGACGAGGGUUCGUUUAGCCAGUGAUCGUGGAGGAAAGAAGUCGAAGGAAGAAGAUUCGACGCCGAUCAAGAACAUGAAGGUUUCGCUUUACUCCACUCAACGCGUCGAGACUAUCGAUCCCGUUACUACUAUCAAACCGAAGAAAUCCUAUAGCUAUCAAUCACGUAAUAAAUUACGAGAGCAGUCUGCAACGAUCGACCAAAGUUUCACGACGUCGACACCUAAGAAAUCCUACUCCUCCACACAGAGCAAAUCGCAAACGUCCCAGGAAGAGAACAUUACAAAAAAAUCGAAGUUUGCUACCAGCGCUACCAAGCCCAUUUUUAGACCUCGUUACAGCAAACGAACCAAUGAGAAAUCUUUCGAGAAGAAGACGACGGAUGAACAAGCAACCUUUACCACGAAACUACCCGUAGCUACCAGCAGAUAUUCGAAGAAAAAAUCUUCGGUAAAAUCUAUCGACGAUAAAUCGGCGACAACGGAGGGGUUAUCUGCACAGACGAGAAAGAUCGAGUUUCGUCCUAGAACCGCGACCUAUCGAAGACAUUCAGAAAUUCCCACGACUUUAACCGAAUCCAGUACGAAGGUCGACGGUGUAGGAAUCGCCAUUACACCGAGGUCGACAAAAUACCACGCCACUUUAAAGACCUCCACGGUAUCUCCUCGAUCGGUAGCACAGGGACCACAGGUAAACUUGAAGAUCGCGAACGAGACGGCGCAAGAGACGCCAGGAAUUACCGGCAGCAGCAACGGCGACAGCGGUAACUCGAAUGUCUUCAAUCCGACCAGAAGCACGUUUCUGAGCGGAAACAGUACACUGCUGGAGCAACUGAGAAGCACGGUGGCACCGCUGCUGAGUUCCCUUGGUAACAAGACGCCUGUGUUUUCCGGAUCUUACAGUAACGUUAACAACGUGAAUUCACCACCCAGAGUCACCCCCAGUGGACAACCACCCCGCUUUAGUGCGAGAUACAAAGGAGCGGAAUUAUUCGUUAGAAAACAAAAUAAUAUUUAUCAGCCCACCGUGCCAUCGAUUACUAGUUCGUCGACUACACCAAUUACACCCGUAGAGAACUCCGGUUCGGCCCCACCAAUCGAUGUCUCAAGUCCUGGCGAGCCGAGAUUCUUGACCCUUUAUCAGGCAUUGGAGUCGGCCAGCAUCAGGAACGAACAGUUACAGGGAAACGCGAUUGCACAGCUACAAAAACAACAAGCUGGUAGUGUUUCCCAGGUAGACUUUAACGCCACCGCCGUUAACGAUAUCGGCGAUAACGCUAACAAUGACACCACAAGCCCCACUGUAGCAACUAUCAGCCCACAGACAUCAGACACCACCGCGAACACUAUUCAGGACAGCACACAGACCCCGAGAUUACCCGAGGAUCCGGACAACUCCAUCCCCGCGGUUACCACAGGAGCCCCUGAAACCCCUUCAACGACCGAACCAGUUUUCACAAGCACAGAAUCGUCCUCUAGUACCGAGCAAGCCUCCACCAACACAGAAUCGCCCUCCAGUACCGAACAACUUUUCACCAGUACAGAAUCGUCAACUAGCACAGAAUCGUUUCUGCGGUCUACAGAUGCAACGACGAUGAACGUCGAAGGUGCGGAAGAUGUUCAGACUUCCAUGUCGGCAGAUAACAGUUCGACCAAUCAGGAACCCGUGAGUUCUACCACGGAUGUUUUUACGACUAUUAGUUCUACAUCCGAAGGUAGUAGUACCGAGUUCGAAGGUGAUACGAGUUCCACCACUGUUAGUACGACAACGCAGAGCACGACUGGCAAUAUCGAUAUUACGUCAAGAAUAGAUCUUUUGCAGAAUACGAUAGAGACGACUACCUUUUCGACAACUGUCACCAACACAGCGACAACGUUUGAAAAUCCCGAGACUAAUACCAUACCGCUGUCUGAUACCACUGCUACUCAGACAGCCGAUAUUAGCUCGACCGAUGCUCUAACGACCGAAGCAGAUUCGAGUAAUAUGAUCGAUAUAGAGACAACUACGGCGAUACCCACGUCCACUAUUCGAACCAGGCUGAUAGAUCUCGCGCAAGAUAUCCUGUUUCGAUUGCAAGCAACUAUGUCUACGACCACGGUACCGAGUCAAGAUUCGACGACGAUGUUAUCUCCCACGACGGAAACAUCGAACGUGAUACGAGAUUCGAGUAGUAAUCGUAGUUUGGAGUCCCUGUCGCAAUUGAGGGAUGAAACGACGAUCAAUCAAGGAGAAUCGGGAACAACUACCCCGUCGUCGGUUAGAACGGAGCAAUCGAGUUUAAGAACGAUCGAAGAAGUAAUUACCCAAAGCGCAGGUUCAAUUGCUGCUUCGUCACCCACAAUGGUAUUUACUCAGGAAGUCAACACGCAGGAUGAAAUAAAUGCAAUAACAACCACAACACCAGCAACAAUAACAUCUACAACAAUCACACAAGACUUUCAGACAGUAUCGAACACAGAUUCGACCACUGUAGGCGAUUCAAAUGAUUCUUCGACUUCCCCGUUAAGUGUUGAUGUAACUACUGUGUCGACGAUCACUUCCACCGACGACACUUUACUAACAGAGUUAAUGUCCAUUGCCAAAACACUCUUUUCGGAUGAGAUAAACGAUAAUCAGGAAGAAAUAGCCGGGCAAAAUUCAAACGUCACAUCUAGAUUAGAUAACUUAAUGGGAAACGAGAUAUACCGACCGAGCUUGUCCAACGACGAACUUAGCACUACCCAAGUUGCAGAGACAUCGUCUUUUUCCUUAAAUACCAUGUCAGAAAAUGUAGAGUCUUCUACUAUUCCGGUUGAUCCCUCACAGAAUGAGGUAGACUUUACUACAACCGUAUCUUCUGAAAAUCUGACAGAUACACUGACAACAACCCCUCGAAGUAACAUGCCCGAUGACGAAGUAGAGAGCGUACAGACCGAAACCACACCAGUAGCGUUAGGACCCCUUGCCGAGAUCAUAGAAUCGACGACCCCCUUGUUUAAGACAGAAACUGAGCCACGAGUCACUCUGUCGCUUAGCGGAUCGUUCGAUGCUGACAUUGGCCUCAAUACCACGACUCAGACACAGACAACCACCAGCACACAAAGUUCAGAAACGACAACCACAUUCGCCAUGAAUUUCGAGCUAACCACUGACACGUUCGAUUUGUUUUCGUCUAAUUUGACCACGGCAACCAACCCUCAAAUAGUUUCCGAACGGGUUACAGAAAGUGUCACUGAACCUACAGGAGUCACCGUACCAUUAACCAGUCUCACAACCGUAACAUCACGGCUUAUGACAGACAUUGGCACUACUACUCAACCUGAAAUAACUACCGUAGCUCCCGAAACUACCUCUUCCUCUGUAAAUACGAUCACUAUGACACCAUCAAUAUCCUUCGAACAAACCACAUUGGCAUCUGCCGUAGAAUUGGUUGAACGUGUAAAUGAGGUAGAAGUGGAAACUAACCAAACAACAGAGUCCACGACUCAGUUGGCAUCUUUGAUCACCGAAAGCGCUGAUAACGAAACCCCCGAACCCACCUCGUCAUCGAUGACAACCACUUCGCAGCAGGAUUUUAACUCUAUUGACGAUAUGGGAGUCACUACUAACCAAUUCUCGCUAACAUCGACUACAAUUCCCGUCAUGGAAACCACUACUAAUGCACCCAGCGAAAACGUCCCCCAAACGACUCCAAAUCUUGAGAACAAAUCUCCAACUAUUGUUGCCCGUUUCCAGGAUACGACAUCAGCAACCGCCCAAGCGACGGCAGGUUCGGGAAUCGGCCAAACGACCGAGAUCACAACUCCUACGAUCCCAGAUACUUCGAUCGUCUCAUCAACGUCCUCAGAAUUUCCCACUUCAUCGUAUCCCGACGUUCCCCUCAUUACAACCACUUCAUCUUCGGUCGAAACGACGACGACGACGAUCACGACUGAGACAGCGACGUCGACGAGUACAGGACGCGUUCCUGACGGGGGGACAUCGACACCUCAAACGACGAGAAUGGACGUCGUCACCGUCACCCCUGUGACGGAAACUACUACGGUCAAUAUAGAAGAGAAUCUCGUGUCUACCGAAGUUGGAACAUCGACGACAACUGCUUCGUCGGAAAAUACGACCACAAUGUCAGGAGGUACUACGAACGACUCCACGAAUACAACUUCUGCUUCUACGGAAGCAACAACCGUGUCCAUGCAAGCUACCCCUGGAACGACCGUGCCGACAGCUACUAGCCUUCCACCUAGGCCAGCUUCUCAGAGUUCCACGACGCCUUAUUUAGGUCGCUUCGGCGGCAGCAGAUUGACACCUGCCCCACGUUUCAGCCUAAGCUCGACUACCAGAGCUCCUCUACGAGACUACCUAGUGUAUGGAAUCUACCCGAACAAAACGAUCGUGAGAAAGCGGCCAGAGGACAACCUGAUCGAUGCUAGAAACGUGGACAGCCCGUACGUGAUAUUCGGUAUCUUCCCGGACGGCAGGCUGGUUCGAAAAUACCCGAAUGGAACGAUAAUACCGGAUCCACCUAGGAACCCGGUCGAGGUUGUGUUCUCACUUAGCACUUCCACUACCACUAACAGGCCACCACCCAGACCGUAUUAUAACCAGGCUAACCAAGGCACUUACAAUCAAUAUCGAGGCCCGGUGUACAAUAGUAACGAUAGACCUGUCGCUGAACCAAUGAGAAACGUCCAAAGUCCCAGCAUCGUUGAUCUUGGCCUUACUGGUAACGCGAUCGUCGGCCCCAAUGGAGGUGGACCCGAUAAUACGGGACCACUUGGUACCCCUGCUAGUGUCCCGAGCACCAACGAAAUGAGCAAUGCCCUGCUGAAUACGCAAAUGAGGACAGCGUCGGUGACGCCGAUAGUAAGUACCGGUCGACCGCCGACCGAUUCGCAGGGCGGUCGUAUCGUCCAGGAUCGAGAGAGGGACGAGGCCACCAGGACGAAGGAGGCCGGAGGUCAACGCAGCUCCGUGUACAUUGGACAGGACAAGUUCGUCAAUUAUUGGACCGAUGGGGCUUCCACCUCUAACCCGCGCGUUCUCAGUGUGAAUAUAAAUUCAGUAGCUACUGCUGCAAACGAAGGACCAUCACCUUCUGUACCAUCGUUUGAGAAUCUCCUGAACAAUCAAGCAGGGGGUCAAGUCACAGCUCCGCCUGGAUUCCCAUGGAGGGAUCCUUUGGACCAAAUUUUUGGUAUUACUACCUCCUCGCCGAUAAUAACAGCUUCAGUGACAUCAAACAGACUGGACGAUUUGUCAGAACCAAAUGGCCCAGCCUUAGCUCGUCCGAUCAAUCCAUUCGUCGAAGUUUUUACUCCAUUUUCUAAUACGAUUGGAGUUCCAAGAGGUAACAUAGGAUCCAUUCCUCCUCCACCACCACCAACAACGCCUGUUGCACUUACAACUACACCCACGACUCCUGCACCUACUACUACUACUACCACCAUUACUACAAUGGCACCAACGACAACUACUACUACCACUACAGUAGCACCAACAACUACUACUACGAUGGCACCAACAACAACUACUACUACGAUGGCACCAACAACAACUACUACUAUGAUGGCACCAACAACGACUACUACUACGAUGGCACCAACAACUACCACUACAAGUAUAACAAUGACCCCAACAACAGUGGCUGCAAUGACGCCAACAACUACCACGAUGACAGCACCUAUCAUCACUUCAGAGCCUCCAACAAUUGUUCAAAGGGCGAUGAUUGCGUCACAGGCAGGAGCUACUUCUGAAACAACAACUUCUUCUCAAAUAAAUUCACUUAAUUUAUCAAAAAAUUUGUUGAAUACGCGACAGCAAAAUGCUUUCGGUACUACAUUCGAUGAUUUGGCCUUCCUGAAUUCGUUGUUACAGAGUAAUUCACGGAGUACCAGUCAGAAGACAUUGACACAAGUGGAGCAACUCUUGGCAAAUAAGAUUUUGGAACUGGCACUGAAAAAUCCGGGACCGACUCGAUCACCAAAAGCUAUCAGUAUCGAAAAUGCUUCGCCAAAUUCGAUUUACAAGUCAGCAACGACAUCUCUUUCUGAGCCAAUAAUAAUCGAUUUGUCUCCAGCGUCUACAGUUUCAACAUCCACGCGGAAAUCAGUAGAAACACAGCAACCAACCAGUCAAAGACCAGUAAUUAGUAGUUUGACACCCGUGCAAGUGACUUGGAAACCAGUUACAACCACUAGUACCAGAAGAAGCGUGGAAAUAAGCACGGCUUCUCCUUCGACCACGGCUAAAACGACUUUGAUCAGCACCACUAAAGCUCCUGUAACUGUUAAAGCUAAACUAGCAACCACUCCUCGACCUAGAACCACCACUCAGGCGCCAUUAGGCUUUGGUGGUCUUCUGUGGCAGGCUCUCCUCGGUGGAGGUUUAUUCGGAUCAUCGACAACUCCGAAGCCCGUAAAAGCUAAACCGGUGCCAAAAACCACGCAAAAGUCGAUUAAUAUCAUGCCGAAACCAAUCCAAACCACGCGAAAGUUAGAAACGACAACAAUUUCCUCUAGUACGACUCUGAAAACUGUGGACAUUUCGAAAAUUCAAGUAAACAGUCCAUAUUCAAUUGUACAGGAAAAGUCAGUGAUCACGCCGUUUACAAUCUCGACCACCGAUCAACCAUUGAUUAAUAAUCCAAAUCCGAGGUUGCCUGGUGUGGUGACGUCGACCUAUUCUCCCGAAGAAGAUGCAAAGUUCAUAGUUGAGCUUCUGCGAGCUGUUGAACAGGAUAAUAAAACUGGUUCGAAGAAGGUGCCAGGAUUAACUCAGGAUGAUCAAUCCUUUUUAAGAGCGAUUUUAAGCGGUCGAGCUUUAACAACAACAACUCCAUCACCGACGGUAGAAGUCAGUAACGCCGCUUUGUUGGCGGUAUUAUUGAAAGCUCAAGGUAUAGAACCACCAACUCCGGCCAAUAAUAUUAGAGAGCAACUCCAGUUAGCCAGUCUCGGGCAGAGCGUCACCUCUGCUCCGACCGCGUCCCCUGCUAGCGAGUCUUCGACAAUUACGACAAGGCCGGCAUCUACUGCUGCAACCCGACCAACGGAUACCACGAAAAAGACGGUGACACCGAGACCAACCUCAGGACCAAGGAUACGCACUACAACGUGGUCACCAAGCUCUACGUAUCCACCACCUCUCUUCAGUUCUUUCUCCAAUUACGGUACGCCGGCGCAGUCAGCCGGUGAUAAUUCUGGAAAUAACGCAUUAUUUGGUGCUACCAGAGCAUUCAGUCAAUUUCUCGGUGCUGCGAUAAGCGGAGCUGCGCAACAGUUGCAGUCACUGGUCAGAAAUGGUACUAGAAUCGUGUCCGAAGUGGUAGGGUAAAGCUUACGAAAAGGAAAGAAAUUUAAUAUAAUCUAUAAAAUAAAAUUAAUUCGCUCAUGUGAAAAUUUAGAAUGAUGCAAAUGUGAUAAUUUAGACCGAUCUACUUUGAAAUACUUUUGCUUCGAGGGAUGCGGUGAUAGCAGUACCUCCGAUAAGUAUGUAUUCAUUGCCAAUUUAUUUACAGGUCUCUUUAAAAGAUAUCAUCGGUAGAUUAAACGUUUACCUGAUGUUGGGAUGAAAUUUGUCAAAUUCUGCUCUGUUAUUUGUAAUUGCAUUACGUGUAAUAGUUGUAGGUUGAUUACAUACUUUAAUUUAAUCGAUCUAGCUAAUAGCGAGCAUGACAUUUUAACUGUGACUUAAUUCUUAAAACACGGAGGUUCCUUAACGACUGUUAUCGAAAUUUCUUGCUUUAUCGCGUGUCAGAAUUUCUCUUAUCCUGCAUCGUUUCGUUUCUCGGAAAUUUGCGCUACAAUUUGAAUGCCUCUAAUGACAAACAAUGAUAUCUAUUCCGUGUUUUAAGCAUCAGAAGUAUCUCUCAGCAGAGAGGUCCGACAUCGAAGACGAAAUCAAUACAAAGUCUCGAGCGAUGUGAGUCGCGAUGGGAUCGAUCAGUUCCACGCCUUGCAAACGUUUCUCGGGGUAGGGCCGAACGACGCGACAGGGCCCUUUCUCUCUCUAUCUCUCUCUCGACGGAGCCGUACCUCUUUGAAACAUUUGUAACGUUCGUCGCAAUUAAGGUAAUUAAUUGGAGGCGACGCGCCUCGUCACGAUUUGCGAGACAGUGACGAUUCGCGGCGUUUUACGUGUGAAACGCGGAUCGAUUUGCAGGGCCCACCCACAAAGGUCGACUUAACCACGACCUUGUCGACGAUGCUGCUUAAGAAGAAGGUGGUAACUUAAACGUAUAUCUUUGAAUGAGAGCGAGCAUGAGAAAGAGUGUGUGCACGUGUGUGUAUGUAUAUAAAAGAAACAAAAUGUUUGAGAGAGAGA